GAAGCCCACCAGACGUAGUUCAAAAAGUGCGAGAUUGCGAACAGAGUGUUAUCAAUCAACUUGCUGAGUUAUAUAAAUCGGGCGGUAGACAAGCCCCCGGAAAGUUCAGAUUACUAAUUAUAAAUAGAAUUGGUUCUGACCUACAUAUAACUGUUUUUGUUUUGAUCGCCACUUAAAUCGGCUCUUUAGUUUUCAGCAACAUGGCCGAUCGACCGCAGGAUCCAAAGGCUCCAAAGCCACUGAAACCCGUCCCCAAGACAGGUGAUCCGAUAAUCUCGCAGAUUGGCGACUUCCGGCGCUACCAGUUGUUCUUUUUCUUCAUCGUUCUACUGUGCAAAUUUGGCACGGGAUGGCACACCCUGGGCCACAUUUUCCUCGCAGCACCGACGCCGUUAUCCUGCAAGACGGAGAACGUCACGGAUCCCUGCAGUGACGAAUGCUCCGAGACCGAGUUCGACACUAGCGUCUUUAAGUCCACCAUUAUAACUGAGUGGGAUCUCACCUGCGAUAGUAAACGGCUGGCCAGCUUGUCCCAAAGUAUCGUCAUGCUGGGCAUCUUGUUCGGCAGUAUUCUGUUUGGCAUGUUCGCUGAUCGGUAUGGACGUCGCCCUGCCUUCCUGACGUGCUGCUUCAUGCAGCUGAUCACUGGCCUCAUCGUCUGCGUAUCCCCCUACUACUGGUUCUACUGCUUCUUUAGGUUCCUGGUGGCUGUGGCCACGGCGGGAACGAUGACCACCAGUUUCGUCUUGCUGAUGGAAAUCGUGGGACCCCAGAAGCGCGAAAUGGUAGCCAUUCUCUACCAAAUCCCCUUCAACAUCGGCCACGCCUCCCUGGCCCUGUUCGCCUACUUUAUUCGAGAAUGGCGCUAUUUCCAGUUCAGCAUCACCAUUUUCUCGGUCGUGUUCGUGAUCUACAUUUGGCUGGUCCCCGAGUCGCCACGCUGGCUCUUUACCACCGGCAAGCUGGACAAGUCCAUCAAGAUUCUGGAGAAGAUCGCCAAGUGCAAUAGGGCUCCGACGGAAACGAUUCGGCCGGAGAUCGAAGCUGCAUAUGCGGCACUGGCAGCCCGCCAGCCGGUCAAAAAGGGCACCGUCGUGGACCUAUUCCGGACACCCUAUAUGCGGAUUAAGACCAUAUUUAUGGCCAACAAUUGGCUGGUGGUUUGCAUGGUCUACUACGGCACCGCUCAGUAUGUCUCCGCGCUGGGCGGCAACAUCUUCAUCAGCAACGCAAUCGCCGCCGGAGUGGGCAUUCCAGGCACCUGCCUCUGUGCGAUCAUGACCAAGUACCUCGGACGCAAGAAGACCCUGCUUCUUUCCAAUGGAUGCAGUGCUUUGGGCUUGAUCCUAUUGGCCUGCCUUUCCACUCAGGCAGAGGUUGUGCGUGUGACCUGCGCCACCAUUGGGCUUUUUGGAGCAUCAAUCACCUUUCCGAAUGUCUACUUGUACGGCGGAGAGCUCUUUCCCACUGUUGUGCGUUCCAGUGGAGUUGGUCUCUGCUCGAUGGUCGGACGAAUAGGCUCCAUUGUGGCCCCGCUCAUCGUCGAUCUGGCUGCAUACGGUCUGUGGGUGGCGCCCCUCAUCUUUGGAAUUUUCUCCAUUCUGGCAAUGCUCGGCACAAUUUUCUUGCCGGAGACACGAGGAACUCCACUGCCGGAAACUCUGGAGGACGGAGAGACAUUCGGGCGUAAAAAUAAGACUCAGGCAUAGGGCUUUUCUCCCAGUGUUGCAUCGGUAUAGCAAGGCGAGAAUUUAAAAUUUUCGAGCCCAGCUAAACUCCUAUUGCCUGGGCUCUAAAAUUAUUAAAUUUCGACUUAAGUUGAGAUUUAUACGAUGCGAUAUGUCAGUCACCGAAAAGCUAAACUGCCGUUCGUGCCGCAAACAAAA